AAAUCUCAAAAUGCUUAUCAAGUGCUUGUUUGUCACUAUAAUGGUUGUACUCCUGGUUCUACAGGGAUGCUCUUCCAAGACUUAUCAAUUUAUACCCGCUCGCUGUGUGGAUCAGCCCGGAGUGGAGCAGAAGAUUGGCGGCCCUCUGAGCCUCUGCAGCUUUCCACCAAAAUACCAGACACCGGACGCUGAGGACAUCCAAGCCGUGAUCAAGCAUAUACAGGGCCUAAACCUCAAUUGACGAAAACAAAAAGAGUGGAAGUUUGUACAUCGUUUAGAGAAUAUUACAUUUUAUAUGCAUUAAAGAGCACGCGGGAUUAUGAAAUCAAUAAAUUUAGCUAUAACAUUGUAACUUAA